UCUGUGCCUCUGUGUGGCCCGUUUUGCUGUUUUAUUGCUGUGAUAAUGCUGCUUCCUCCUUGAUAGCAGAGAGGACUGCCCAGAGGGCGAGGCAGAGUCUGCUGGGCUACUUUCUGCAAGCUUUCACUUUCAGAUGGUGGAAGAGCCAGAGGGAACAGGGUGAUUAUUCUCGCUGGAAGGGCUCUGUGGGGGCCCAAGGCCGGGGUAUCUGCAGAUAUCUCUUUAACUGAGGCCGAUCCUCUUCCUUGGUGCUACUGGGAACCACCUGCCUCUCAGAGAUAUGGGACCCUGGUCCCACAGUGUCUGACCCAGAAGCAAGGACUGGGGCUCCCAGAGCAGCUAACUGCAGGUACAAACUCUGAGGGCAGAUUUGGGGUCUGCCAGGGUCCCUGCAGCCCUGAACCUCCUGGAGCUGCUGAGUUUAGAGACGCUCCAGGAGGUCACAGACUUUCAAAGCUGGAACCAGGAGAAGCAGUUCUGAAGAAAUGGAGGGGGGCUUCAGCAGAUCUUUGCUCUGCCAUCUCACUUCCCUCUUGCUGCUCCUCCAGCUUCCCACGAAGGGGUCUACAGACGAGUUCCAGGUGAUUGGCCCCACAGACCCCAUUGUGGCAGUGCUGGGCAGGGAUACCACGCUGCACUGCUCCCUGUCCCCAGCCAUGAGUGCAGAGAACAUGGAGCUGCAGUGGUACCGUUCCAAGUUCUCAGAAGCAGUGUUCAUCUAUCAGAACCAGCAGGAGCAGAAGCUGAAGCAGAUGCCGCAGUACGCAGGGAGGACCUCCCUGGUGAAGGACUUCCUCACCUGGGGGGAGGCUGCCGUGCGCAUUGACAUGGUUCAGAUUUCUGAUGAUGGGCUGUACACCUGCUUCUUCAAAAAAGGAAGCUUCUAUGAAGAGGCUACUUUGGAGGUGAAGGUGGCAGGUGUGGGCUCUGCCCCUGAAGUGCGCAUAGAAGGACCGGAGGAAGAUGGGGUCCGCGUGGCCUGUACGGCCUCCGGGUGGUUUCCGAAGCCCCAGGUUCAGUGGAGGGACCUUAGUGGAGAGAAGUUCCUGGCUUUCUCUGAGGCUCAUGCCCAAGACUCUGAUGGGUUGUACAGCGUGGAGGCCUCGCUGGUGGUGAGAGACAGCUCUGCUGGGAAGGUGACCUGCUCCAUCCUCAACCCCAUCCUGGGCCAGGAGAAGGCGAAGGCCAUUUUCAUCCCAGAGCCCUUCUUCCCCCAGGCCUCUCCCUGGAAGCCAGCUUUUGCCAUGAGCCUGAUCAUCCUGUGUCUCCUCAUCCUUGGGGCUGGCUAUUUUCUCAAGAAAGAACACUCAGCAAAGGUGCAGGCGCUGCAAAAACAGGAAACUCUUCAGCAGGCUCAGGAGGAGGACAGGCAGAAAACGGAGGAGGCACAGAAGGCCAGAGGCAAGGCAGGGGAGGGGCGAGGCUGGGUGAGGGCAGAGCUGGUGCUGAGAGGGAAAGCUGACAGCAGGAGCAGAGCCCUUGGCUGCAGCCUCCAGGAAGACCCAGGGCCCCUGCCCAGAGCAGGAGGCUCAGGAGAUGCAGAGAGGGCAGCUUGGCUGUGGAGGCUUGGAUGGGUCUGGAGGGAGAACUUUCUCCACCAUAUAGAGGGUCUUUUUGUGGGUUUUCCAGGCACACCAUCAUUUCCUUUUCUUAGGGAUGGGAAUUCAUGCUUAUUUUAUUUUAUUUUAUUUUCUCUCUUUCAGAUGAACUCCAGGCAGAGCUGGGUAAGUUCUUCUCUCCCUCCUGAACUCUCUGUGUCUCGUUUGGGAGGCAUUAUUGCUCUUAGCUCACCUCAUUUCCUGUGUGUUGCCUUUCAGACAGGAGGAAGGCUGUUUACCAGGCUGGACAGAAGGGAGGAUGGUAGCCAGUCAUUUCACACUGAAUCUGGCUGCAGUCUCACCAGGGUGUGUUCUCUUUCAGCCUGGAGGAAGGCCCAGUUGUAUGCAGAUUGGCGGAAGGAGCAGUUCCAGACCUGGUCUGUCACUCUGGAUCCAUGUUCUGCCCAUCCCAACCUGUCCCUCUCACAGGAAAACAUGCAUCUCACCUGGAAGUACCCCCGGAUGAAACCGAAGAAUGUCAAAUGCAGUGUGUUGGGUCUUGAGGGCAUCACUUCAGGGCGAAGUUACUGGGAGGUGGAGGCCAGAGGUUCAGACAUAAGUGUAUGGGCUGUGGGGGUCUGUAGGGAAGAUGUCGUUAGGAAAGGCUGGUUUACAGAGUGCCCAGAAAAGGGGUUCUGGGUAGUGGAAUGGUUUUUCGGUGAGUGUGUUGCCUGUACUACUCCUCAGACACAGCUAUUCCUUAGGAAGUAUCCCUUCAGGGUGGGGAUUUUCCUGGACUACGAUGCUGGAGAUAUCUCUUUCUACAACAUGACUGAUAAUUCCCAUAUUUUCUCCUUCUCUGAGGCUUUCUCCCCUGGGAAGCUCUUUCCAUAUUUCAUGUUAAAUUCAAGAUACACGUCCCUGACCAUCUGCUCGAUAGUAGAUGGGUCCAAGGGGCCCCCUGUGCCCCUUAACAAAUCUGCUUCUUCUUUGAAUGAGCCGCUGAGCCCUUCAGGGGAGGGGUUGAGUUCUGGCUCUGGUGGGGAUGGUGUUCUCCCAAGGCCUGAAUCUCCAUUACUCCCCCGCAACUCCAAGGCUGUGCCUCGAUAGGGACACAUCUCUGUCCCUGUUCCCUCACUAUGCUUUUCUUGGAGCUACAGACUCCCCAAGGUGAAAGACUCUGAGGUGAGUGCUGGAAGACACUGGGAGUCAUGCAUUUGUGCUUUUGGAUGCAGACUGCUGGGGGAGUAUGUGGCUCUGAGAACUGCCAGUUCAUGUUUUGUGCUUCUAUAGCUGAAGGAAAAAAAAAAUGACUUGUUUGAGCUGGUUGAAUGUAGGUAGAAUUUGGCUAUGGGAAGUCAUUUUACUUUGGUAAUAAAAAAUACUUUGUGAACAUUUUAUACUGUUUGUAUAUGAAAGGACAGGGGCUGAAUCCCUCUGCAGUAUAGAGUUUGCUUUAUCCAACUUGAUUUUGUUCAGAGUGCAGGGCCCUAGCUCUACUUUGGAGGGGAUCUAGGCAAUCUGAUCAGAAAAUGUGCAUAUUCAAAAUUUUCAGGGAAAUGAUUGGUUGAUGGACUUCUAAGAUGGGAGAAGUCUACUAUUCACUUCAUAUACUUAGUCUUGGAUGGCUGAAACACACCUAUUUUCUCAAAUCUUCUGUACAUUUCUGUUAGCCAUGAAAAUACUGUGUUGCGUUAAUUCAGGAAAUUAAGAAGAAGUUCCUCUUUUGGUGAACACUAGGUGGAAAGAAGAGAAAUACUAGCCAAAUUAAGAUGUAAAUGGACAAGAGAAUUUUCCGGAGCAGGAAAUUGCAGACAGCCUUGGCAUGAGCAUUGUCUCAGUUAUCAGUGUAUUGCCUCUUAGUACUUCCUACUCCAAUGCUAGAGGUAAACGGAAAAGCACAGCAACCAAAAAGGGACAGGACUAUUGAGUACUGAGACCCUUCAAGAACGAAGGGGUAUUCAUUCCACCAGGGAAGGAACUCUGAGCAGCUGAGGUUCUGGAUGAGGGUGGGGGAAACAAGGAAUGAGAAGUAGAAGUCAUAGAUAUCAACUCUAAUUUUGUGGCCAGUUGUAGAAACAAGGAGUAUAACAGCUUUGCAUAUUUUAAUUUGGAUUCUCAUGUGUACGUGUUUAUUUGUAUAUAUAAACCAUUUUUUCUUCUCUCCCCUUCUUUAUUAUUUUAUGUACAAGUUCUUGGAGGUUACAUUUAUCGUACAGAUAUGGUAACAGAAUAUCCAAUGAACUGUGACAGAUUUUAAGGAGUAAAUAAUAUAGCGGUGAUGGAUAUAAUGACUGUAACAUUUUUAUGAAAAAAUUUUUUUUUGGUAUCCUUUGUCAUAAGGCUAGGUGAGAAAAUAGAGUAGUUUUGUUGCAUGGAAGUUCAAAUGUGUGUAAAAUGAUGUAUAUGAAAGCUGAGUAACCAAAGUGCGUAUUACCAUUUUAUUGCCUCUCGGUUCCAAAUUCACACUGUCUUUGCCCUGCUUUGUGAUACUGCAGCUGGACCUUGUAAACAUUUCUCUUUGCCACUGGGCGCAAUAUUAGACACUUAGCAGGACAGUGGAGAUACACUGCAUAAUAUAGCAGAGAAGAAACUUCUCUUCCUGGUUCUGGGCUUUUCUUCUUUAUCCUAUAGUGUGGAGGCCCAGUUUUGCUCACCUUUUGGUGAAUUUGUCUGCAAUUGCUUCUUGAUGCUUUCCAGGGACUCUUACUAGCACCCAGAGGGUAGCUUCCCAGGGAGUGUCACCAGUACCCCAAUGGGAGGUUUUUGGCACCAGCCUUGGCCUGUGGCAUGUUAGCAAACUUCAUCAUCCAUUGGGCCCCUAUUCCUCUUUUUGCAAUGAGCUCUGAAUGUCUGCCUUAUCAGGGGGCCCGCUCCCAAAUUUCUUCCUUUCAUAGGUACUCUGCCUCAGCCCCAGAGGUAGUGGUUGUUUCCUAUAUCUGCUAUUUCUGUAUUCUUUAGAGCUUUCUUUUACCUCUUUUAGUAGUUAAGAACCUUCUCCGAUUAAAUACUUUUUUUGACUCGUUUGUCGUUUAGUAGUGUGUUGUUAAACUUCCACAUAUUUUAUAUAUUCCAAUUUUCUGUCUCUUACUAAGUUCUAGUUUCAUUCCAUUGUGGUCAGAAAAGAUACUUUGUAUGAUUUCAAUCUUUUUGAAUUUAUUAAGACUUGCUUUGUGCCCUAAGAUAUGGUGUCUCCUGGAGAAUGGUCUAUCUAUACGCAC